GCCCACUCGCGGAGAUGGGAAAUGGUGUUUUCGGGGUUGCAACCUAAAGAACCCAACCUGGGCACCUGAUGUUUUUACUUUGGCAAGGUUGGCUUUUAUUUGGUGUGUAGCAAUGCAGGACUAUAGAGGUGGGGGGCUUUGCCUGCACGUGAUUUCAUGUUUGUUUUGGAAGAAGUGCUGGUCUCAGGCUCUGUUGAUGUUAGGAAGGCAGCGGUUGCAUGAGGAUGCGUCCCAGCCUGAUAUGGGGUGAUGCAGGCAGCAGAAGUGGAUGUUCCCACAGUGCUGGGGAUGGCAGUGUGGCUUUGCCACCCAGACACAGGCAUGCAUGUGCAGAGCUUUCUGUGCAGGUAAAUGCCAUACAGGCAGGGCAGGGCUGCCCAUGGGUACCAGCAGGGAGCAGGUCAGGGUGGGAAGCAAAGGGUUUUUUCAGAGAGAAAAGGGAGGGGGGGGCGAAGUUGAAAUCUUCAUGCAGAAAGAGAGGAGUGGAAAAGUAUUUAUCUUAAAUAUGUCAUGUUUGUGCAUAAUUAAGCACCAGCUAAAAGCUGGGAUUGAAGCUUCUAGGAUCAGAGACUGGGCAGAUGGGAUGAGAAUGCCAGGGAAGGAGAAUUUUAAAAACACAGCAAACCCUGCUCUAAGAUAUGCUGCAGCUGGGUUUGCCGGUGGUGCUGGGGAAGGAGAAGCCCAGUGUGAUGGUGAACAGCAAGCCCUGAAGCCUCAGAGAAAUGUAAAAGGCCUGAGAGCAGAGUUUCUGCCAGGCUGGCCGCUGGAGAGGCUAAAUGUCUAAACGCAGUGCUCAUCAUGUAAAGCGGCUUCAGACUGGAGCUGCCACGUGUGCUAGGGGAGGGGAUGGAGCAUUCACCUCUGCUGUGAGGUUAUUUUAACCUGAAAAACACUCUAGAAUCAAAGGAAUGGGCAAUGUGGCUUGGAACUGAGGCCUUUUUCUCUAAAGCAGAAAUGGAGUAUUUCUUACCACCAGAUGCCCAGAAGGGACAUGAAUUCACUGUCCACCUACAGGAGAGGUUGGGACGCAGCCGGGUGAUGGGGACUUUGCUGCAGGGUUGGAAAGCGCAUCCCAGUGCGCUCUGUGUGCCACUGCUGUACCUGCUGGUAAAUAACAUGGUGCUUCUCAAAACUGCCAGAUGAUGCUUUGGGGGACAGUUUAUCCACCAGCUCAAUGUAGUCCCCCACAUCACAGAGCAAGAUUCUGAAGGCUCUCUCUGCUGAUUCCUGCAGGAGCAGGGCCCAAGCAGUGUGCUGCUCCCAAUACCCCUUGCUGUGCAAAGUUACAGUAGGAACAUCCAGAAAUGGUGAUUAUCACAGUAUGAAUUUUAAUCUCUCUUGCCCAUUACUGGCUCCAAGGAUGGAAGGAGACCUCGCUUUCUGCUCUUCACUCCUCUUUGUCCAAGAGUGGCUAAUUUGGGAGGGCUCAGCCUCCAAUUAAUUGUACACAGCCCAAAGGAAUUACUUUCUUUCCCAACUACAAAUCCACGGGUGGAUGGAUCCUGGGGCACUCUGUAUAAGCGCUUUUCUUUCUCUAAUUUCUCCUGCGACUUUUGACAUGGCCCUGCCCUGACUGGGGACAUUGAUGAUUAUUUUUUUUUCAGAGAGAUCAUUUACUCUUAGAUAAAGAUUAAUUUUAACUUUAAAUUUUAACUGAAAUCUCUUAAGUGAAAACGUUUUUAUAGGCCAGCUAAGAUGCUGUUAUCUUUGCCCAGCUUUGCCUCUGUCACGGGCUGCUUCACCGAGCAGGUAAUAAGUAACCUUUCCUCCCUCUGGGUGGGUUGAGGGCAGAGGGCUGACAGAAGUAGGCUGAUGGCCUCCUUGCUCCCUUCUCCUUGGGAAUCGUAAACAAUUUUAGUGUCAGUGACCUCUCUCUGCCCCUUGUUUUGGGUAAUCCUUGUGGUGCACGCAGAUGCCAUUCCUAUACCGUUCCCUGCUUCCCUCUAUGUGGAGCCUAAAAGACCUCCCAGAAAUGACUAUGGUGAAAGGGCAGCAGCUGAGUCAGGCCCAGGGGAGCGGAGCUUCAGGCACAACGGCUGCAUUCACAGCCCAGCCCUGACACACGCUCCAGGGCUGUCCAGGGCACAGCCCUGCACCACACUUCUCAGAGCCACAUAGACAGGUCGUUGUCCAAGCAAGGAUGCAGACGUACAUAUCCAGACUCCCAGUCUCCUGCUUUUACCACAGAUGGUUUGUAGCACAAGUGGGUUUGGGGUGGAUGGACCCUUCCCAGGUGAUGCAGGGUUUGAGAGAGGACUGGGUAUGACCUAGGAUUACAUCUCCUGCCUGAGAUGGAUGGGAGAGUGCAGGUUUGAAUGGGCGUUGUGUCCAGUCUAAGUGUGAACCUUGCUGAACCUUGGAACAGUCCCAAAGCAUCCUCAAGGCUGGUACCAUCUCAUAGCACAGUAUGGAGCAGCACGAAAUCCUUGUGAUCUAAAAGACCUGGAAAAAAGAGAUGUCAAAGUCUCUUUUCCUACCUAAGGGACCAUUGCAUCAUUUGUCUGAUCAGGGUGAUUUUACAGAAGUGAUGUGUUUCCACUGGUGUCUCUGACAGAUCUCACACCAUUAGACACUGCCACAAACUAGUGGAAACAGCAGGUCUUUUACAAAACCUUCCAUGUUCACACUGAGUCUGUAAUGCAGCUCUCCAAGACAUGUUUUUUAUAUUCCUUUUGUUGUGUAUAGAGUGCAAGCGGUACCAGUUAACACUGGAUGGGGAGCAGAAAGCAAUGCCCCUUGCUAAAAGAGCCACUCAUGAAAGAGUUUUGUUUCCCUUCACUGGGAGAAAAUGCUUCACUGCAAGGGGACAAGAAGGUGAAGAGGAGGGAAGAUGGUGUCCACCAGUGGUCCACCCAGCUUCACACAUGGUCUGGAGUGAGUCUCUUCCCCUGCAGGACCUGCUUCUCCUACACUGUACCAUGAUGAGCAACGCUUGUCUACCCUGAAGGAUUAUUUUGGGAUAAGUAUUUGUAAAGAGCUGUCAGUGUUCAGAGAGGUUAGAUGAAGAGGAUGGAACAGAGAGAUGAAAAGGAAAUCUUAAGAGAAAUUGCGUGAUCAAUGCCUGAUGAAGCAGAUACGGGACUCCCAGGUGCUGGGAAAUCGUUGCAGGCAGAAGAAUCCAAGCUAGGCUUUGAAAUGAAGCAAACCUGCCCUACUGCACUUGGUGGGGAGCCUGCACACAAACUGUGCUUCGACUUUGCCUUUUGCAGACAUAGAUUCCAGAUUUUAUGGAGAGCUGGGGGUAGAGGGGAAGACUGUGCAAAGUGCAGCAAAACCCCUGACAUCAUUUACUCUGGAUAAAUAUAAUGGGAUAAUACAAGCAUUCUAAGGAAGGUGCCUCAGUGGCUUGCCAGAAGGGCAAGCUCCACCAAAAUAUGGCAGCCUUCAUGCCCUUCUUCAUCUGUGGAGUGUGUGCACUGCUUUUUGCAGCUGCACUCUAUGUGUUAAAAGUUUUCAAGCAAUCAUCAGCUUUAAAUUUGCCUUCUGGUCCAUUUCCUCUUCCCAUCAUUGGCAACCUGCAUUUGCUGAACAUCGGAAGGCAAGACAAGUCACUGAUGAAGAUUUCAGAGAAAUAUGGCCCCGUUUUCACCAUCCACUUGGGGUUUCAGAAGGUGGUGAUGCCAACUGGCUACAGGACAGUAAAGGAUGCUCUUCUGAACACAAGGGAUGUGCUUGCAGACAGACCACCUUUACCCAUAUUCUAUCACAUCCAACAUAGAAACAGUGUGUUCUUUGCUUCUGAGCUCUGGAAGAAAACAUGACGGUUCACCAUAGCUGCCAUGAGGGAUCUUGGCACAGGGAAGCAUCUUGGUGAAGAAAGGAUGCUUGAGGAGCUUCGUUUUCUCAUUGAGUUGAUCAAAUCCUUCGAAGGUGAGCUGGGACCUUUCCAAUUGUGGUUUUUGAAUAUGGCUCCCAGCAACAUCACCUUUGCUAUUCUCUUUGGGAGAAGGUUUGAUUAUAGAGACCUAACAUUUCUUACCCUGUUAAGACUCAUAGAUGAAGUUAUGCACCUUCUUGGCUCUCCAUCCUUGUGUUUAUUUAAUUCCUACCCAUUCCUUGGAUUUCUCCUCAAACCUCACAAGGUGAUACUGAAAAAAGUAGAAGUGUGUGUGACCUUAAAGAAGUGCAGCAAGGAAAGCAAAGAAAGCGUUAGUGAGAACAACCUGAAGAGCUACACUGAUGCGCUGGUAUUCAAACAAGAGGAGCUGAAUAAAAGCAAUACACUUUUCCAUGAUGGAUUAUUGGCUGCUGCACUUGACCUGCUCGUGGCUGGCACCGAGACGACAUCCACUGCACUGCAAUGGGCCAUCCUGCUGCUGUUGAAGUACCCCGAAAUUCAAAAAAAGAUGCAUGCAGAGAUUGAGCAAGUUCUUGGUCCUGGUUGCUUGCCUACCUUUGAGGACUGGAAAAAAAUGCCACUUACCAAUGCAAUGAUCCACGGGGUGCAGAGAUUUGUUGCCCUCCUGCCACGUGUUACACGGUGCACCUCGGUUAGCACCCUCUUUAAAGGUUAUUUCAUUCCCAAGGGAACAACAGUGGUUCCUCUGCUCACCUCUGUGCUGCUGGAUAAAACGCAGUGGGAGAUGCCUGAUGAAUUCAACCCCAACCACUUUCUUGGUGUGGAUGGGAACUUCAUCAAGAAGAAAGCAUUCCUGCCUUUCUCCACAGGGCAGAGAAACUGCAUUGGAGAAAGUCUUGCCACGAUGGAGCUCUUCAUCUUCUUCACAGGCUUGAUACAGAAGUUGAGUUUUAAGCCUCUACCUGGGGUCAAAGAAUCUGAGCUGGACACAACUGCAGAGGCUGGGUUCACCGUGAGACCCCAGCCACAGUGUGUCUGUGCUGUGCUAUGCCAAUAAAGCCAAGGCUCUGAACUGAGAAAGAUCCAUGUAAUAGUUUUCUGCAGAGCCUAGCAGAUGCACUAAAGAGAAAUCAGAUCCCUGUGCAGUAGCUACAAGUAGAGUCUUCUUACCCAAAGCCUUGCAAGUAAUGGCUACAUGCCAUUGAACAAAUACUUGGUCAGGACCCAGGUCGCCUUUCCUACCAGGAUGGUUAGUGGGUGAGGUGACCUGGAAAAUGCCAGCCAGACAUGACUGGAAAUAGCAGGACAGUCAGUACUUUACACAUCAAAAGUAGAGUGUAAGAAAGUUACCCUUGUUCUGAGCCUCUAGGAGAGGAUGUUUCUCAAGAGUGGGUAAUUACUUCACUUGGAGAGCAGUAGCAGAUAAAAGGUUGUGUCAUCAUCUAAUCCCUGCUCUUUUCCCAUUCUCUGCUGCACAUGGGAUAAAUUAAUCCCAGAUACCUACACUUCUAUGUGUGAUGGAUGUUCUUCUAACACUUUACAAAUUUCUGAUUUUGAAUCCCAGAUGUCAGAACCUGGAUUUCUUAGGUUCCCCUUGCUCUGAGGGACCUCAGCAAGGUUCAUUGGGAGUCUUUGGCUCUUUCUGGGUACAGGCUCUGCUAUGCCUGCGCUGAUAUAGGGCUUAACAGCUCUCCCCAGACAGUGAAGACACUCCCCAGCAUUUUUGCAAAGGUAGCUCAGAUACACAGACACAACCUCUUUUCAGAGCACGAUGUGUGAACAAGAAAGCAUGCAAACACUGUAGAGAUGUGUUUCUAAAUGUCUAAGAUGCUCUUCCUCAAGCAGCACAGAAGCUGGGCAGAUCCAGGCAAAGCAACAGAAAAUCUGCCCAUCUCCCCUUUCCUUACAUCUCCCAGCUUUCUGUGAGACUUCUCAGGACCCUCCCUUUUCCUGACAUUCCCUAUCUUCUUCUCCUCUGAAAUGACUGCAGAUGGAGCCUCAUCACAUCUGCUCAUCAGGGAAGACAACAGGACUCUUGAGGCAGCUGGCUUCUUCCUUGGUCUGAAAUGCUGAGUGGAGGCCAGAAGGAUCUGAUAGGCUUGCAAUGGGAGGUGGGUUAAGCCAUUGUCCCCAUUGUGUUUGAGAUGGUUAGUCCCUCAGAGGGAUCCGUGUCUGCUCUAGGAUGAGAAGACGACUUCUCCUGUGCCCUGUGUACCACUUGAUUCUUCCAGGUUAAUAGUAAAUAAAUGCGUUUGCUCCCAGACUUGCUCACAGGUGAAUGCAGUUGGACUGGGUUCCAUAAAGCCUCAAGGCUUGGAUCUGCCCUCCCUACCCAGCCUGAAUCUGGGGCUGGCAGGGUGUUUUACCCCAGUAAGAACUGCAGGGCUGGGCUGUCUGUGACUCAGAGGGAUCAUGUUGCCAUCUCGUGGCAAAAAUAAAAUAGAAAUGAUAUUCUGCACAGUGCUUAUUUCUCUGGCUCAGUGGGGCUGCAGAUACAAAGCAGCCCUUGUUUUACAGAUCUAUGCAGUUCCUGCAAUCCUUGCAUCUGACCAUCGCCCCUCUGAGAACAGGAGCUCU